AUGCCGCUCUUCCCCCUCAACUCCUUCUCCUCCCUCACCUCCCUUGCAUCCUUCCCUUCGGUCUCCUCCCUGCGCAAUCUCCUCGACCCAGAACCCCAAGUCUUCUACCCGGCACCCAAAUCCCCUACUCGCCGUCGAGAGCGAGAACGACGCGACUCUACCUCCUCCACGCGCUCGACCGCUUCUCUACAGCCUGGUGGGCAGUACGACUCGCCUGCCCGCCGGACGGGACUCGGGCGACUUGAGGGAGCAUCACGCAGUGCGGUAGAUGUGACGGGAUGGGAAGGGGUCGAGAACCCGCUAUUGGAGCUGGGGAGACGGCAUUCUCUGAGUCUGGGGUCGUCAGGGCAGAAACCGGUCGGGCGAGCGGGCAACACGGAGGUGUCGUCGCCUUUGCGGUCCUCUCCCUCUCGUCCUUCUCAUCGGCGCGCGCACUCGGCCCUACCUACCCCCGGAUAUCCAUACCCUCGUCCCGCAUCCUCCGCCGGUCCCCGGGGAAGACUCACCGAGUUCUCCCGGAAUGCCCUCGCUUCGUCCUCCGCUAUCAGCCUGCCCACGCUGUGCGAGAGCGAAGUGGACGACCCAGCCGACGAUCAGGAUACAACUCCACUCCAGACUCGGCUGUACCGCCGCCUCUCUACCCAAGCGACUAUCAUCAUCCCCUCUCCCCCACUCUCGCCUACGUCGAGCUACGCGGGCUCCCUCCCCUCCCCUCUCAGCCUCAAUAUGAGCCUCGGCUCUCACUCAUCCAACUCGUCCGUUGACGCCUCGGACUACUUUGGGCGCCCAGAAGAGGAGGAUUCGGACCGGACGCCCCAGCCUAAACGCCGCAUGAGCACGCUCGGGGUCUCGCUCUCGCCCAAGAUGGCGUCGUCCGUCCCGCCCCCUCAGCGCGUUGCGCGGCUUCGUCCGCCCCCAUCUCCACGAUCACUAUCGGAUCAGCCGGCUCGGAGCCGUCAGAGGGUCCGGACCCAGUCAUUGGGUCCCACCUUAGGAAUGGCGUUACCGCUGGGCAGGUCGGUCUCGGCGGGAACAGGCAGUACAGUCUCCACCUCGGACGUGGCGGUCAUGGCCACCUGGGCAUUCCCGUCCUCCCCAGAGCGAAUGGAUCCGCAGCCGUCCGCCCACAUGGGCGUAGGCGAACCUUCAGGUCGGCUGAAGGAGCGCCUACAAGCGCUAUCUAUGCUCGAUACCUCUUCCUCCUCAGCCGUAUCUGAAGCAGACUCCUCGACGUUGGACACGCCGGCAGAACGGAUUACCACUCCGGCGCAUACCACCCAGAAUCGGGCAUUCCAAUUCCCUUCCCCUCACCUGUCGCAUCUCGGUCACAGACACGCUCAGUCUUCUCCACACGCCCUCGCUGGACCUUGUCGGCCGGGACGCGAGUCAACAUCCGGUCCCCCUGUGGCUCGCCCAAGCCACAGAAGAACCCUCACCCCGUCCCGCCUCCGAAGUCCGCAACUGCUCUCGCUCCCGCUUGAGCAGACCAAUGAGGCGUCGCACACGCGCCAUCCCGCGAGAGCGGGCAUUGGCAGGCGAAGCUCGUCGAGUCUAUUGCCGCCUUCAUCUCACGCAAUGACACGCACGCAGAGUGCGGUUGAUGCGCUGCCUUCUGCGGAAGUUGGCAAGGCGGGAGGCGGAUGGUGGCGCCUACCGUCGAGGAGAGCCAGUGUCGGCGGGGACAUACCUUCCUUGGGAUCGGGACAGAUGGGGAAGUGGAGCGACGCGAAGGAAGCGGGACCAGAGGGCGCAGUCGGAGAUAAGCCGGAAGGCGGAAGGGCGAGGCGGGAACCAUCGCCUGAGACGGACAGGUUUAUCGAUUUUGACGACAUGUAG